AUGGACGAGCAGAGCGUGGAGAGCAUUGCUGAAGUAUUCCGAUGUUUUAUUUGUAUGGAGAAAUUGCGUGAUGCACGCCURUGUCCCCAUUGCUCCAAGCUGUGCUGUUUCAGUUGUAUUCGGCGUUGGUUGACCGAACAAAGAGCUCAGUGCCCUCACUGUAGAGCCCCGCUGCAGCUGCGAGAGCUGGUCAACUGCCGCUGGGCAGAAGAGGUCACGCAACAACUUGAUACACUUCAACUGUGCAAUCUCACCAAGCAUGAAGAAAACGAAAAAGACAAGUGUGAAAACCAUCAUGAAAAACUUAGUGUCUUCUGUUGGACCUGUAAGAAGUGUAUCUGCCACCAGUGUGCACUCUGGGGAGGAAUGCAUGGAGGACAUACCUUUAAGCCACUGGCAGAAAUCUAUGAGCAGCAUGUCACAAAAGUAAAUGAAGAAGUGGCAAAGCUUAGGAGAAGACUCAUGGAACUGAUCAGUUUAGUACAAGAAGUGGAGAGGAACGUGGAGGCGGUGCGCAGCGCAAAGGAUGAGCGAGUCCGCGAAAUCAGAAACGCCGUGGAGAUGAUGAUUGCCCGCCUGGACACUCAGCUGAAGAAUAAACUUAUAACAUUAAUGGGUCAAAAGACAUCACUUACCCAAGAAACUGAACUUCUGGAAUCCCUGCUCCAGGAAGUAGAACAUCAGUUGCGGUCAUGCAGUAAGAGUGAGCUGAUAUCCAAAAGCUCAGAGAUCCUGAUGAUGUUCCAGCAGGUUCAUCGGAAACCCAUGGCCUCAUUUGUCACUACUCCAGUUCCGCCAGACUUCACAAGUGAAUUAGUUCCAGCCUAUGACUCAACUACCUUCGUCCUGGAAAAUUUUAGCACGUUGCGUCAGCGAGCGGAUCCUGUUUAUAGUCCACCUCUCCAAGUGUCAGGACUUUGCUGGAGAUUAAAAGUUUACCCGGAUGGAAAUGGAGUGGUGCGGGGCUACUACCUGUCUGUGUUCUUAGAGCUGUCUGCUGGAUUGCCAGAGACAUCCAAGUACGAAUACCGUGUAGAAAUGGUUCAUCAGUCUACCAAUGAUCCAGCUAAAAACAUAAUUCGAGAGUUUGCCUCUGAUUUUGAAGUUGGAGAAUGCUGGGGCUACAACAGGUUCUUUCGCCUAGACUUGCUAGCCAACGAAGGCUAUUUAAACAGACAGAAUGACACUGUGAUUCUAAGGUUCCAAGUGCGCUCACCGACCUUCUUCCAAAAGUGUCGUGACCAACACUGGUACAUUGCUCAGUUGGAAGCAGCUCAGACAAGUUAUAUCCAACAAAUAAAUAACCUUAAAGAGAGGCUGGCAAUUGAACUUUCCCGGACGCAGAAGUCACGAGGCAUCUCACCUCCAGACACUCAUCUCAGCCCCCAGAAUGAUGACGCUUCAGAAACAAGAUCGAAGAAGUCUGGACAAAGUGCUGAGGUGCUGCUUGAGAAUGUUGCCACUCCAGGAGUGCGCGAUAGCAAGGAAGAUGAUGAGGAGAAAAUCCAGAAUGAAGACUUUAAUCAUGAACUCUCUGACGGUGACUUGGAUGUAGAUCUCGCUGGAGAAGAUGAAGUAAACCACCUUGAUGGUAGCAGCUCUUCAGCCAGUUCAACAGCGACUAGUAACACUGAAGAAAAUGAUAUUGAUGAAGAAACCAUGUCUGGAGAAAAUGAUGUUGAAUAUAGCAAUAACAUGGAGUUGGAAGAAGGAGAUCUCAUGGAAGAUGCUGCUGCAGCGGCGGCUGCCGCUACUCCUGGAGCAUCAGGUACCAGCCAUGGCUACGCCAGCGCGAGUGGCAGAUCUUCCAGGCGGGGAGGAAGUAGCCUGGGCUCGGCAGCCGGCAGCAGCUUAUUAGAUAUAGAUCCCUUAAUUUUAAUCCACUUGUUGGAUUUAAAAGACCGAAAUGGUAUGGAAAACUUUUGGGGCCUUCAGCCACGUCCACCUGCUUCUCUUCUGCAGAGCAGAGCAACAUCCUAUUCCCUGAAAGACCGAGAUCAGCGGAGACACCAGGCAAUGUGGCGCGUGCCCCCUGACUUGAAGAUGCUGAAGAGACUGAAAACUCAGAUGGCCGAAGUCCGAAGCAAAAUGUCUGAUGUAAAAAACCAACUGUCAGAAGUAAGAAGCAGCAAUGCUGGCACGUGUGAUGGACAACCUGGCUUCUUCUCUGUUGAGCAGGGUGCUUUAGCUGCGUGUGGAGCAGAAAGCUGCAGCAAGUUACAAGAAAUAGGAAUGGAACUACUGACAAAGUCUUCAGUUACGAGUUGUUACAUAAGGAAUUCUGCAAGUAAGAAAAGUAAUUCCCCCAAGCCCCUUCGGCCUGGAGCGGCGGGUAGCCUGUCUCUGCGAAGAGCCAUGGACUGCACGGACGGUGGCCUCCAUUCCAAGGGAGAUGCUCAAGCUGCUGAAGGGAGCUCCAAGGCGAGCGGCAGGCACAGCUCUGCCCGGGCCCUGAGCAGCGGCUGCGCGUCCGAGGCGCUGCCCAAGCUCGAGGAAAGACCGGGUGAAGGUUCCGAUUCCGACGUGGGAGUUUCUGGCUUAAAUGGCUUGGCUGCUGCAGAGAAGACCAGGAAAGUUGGAGCUCUAGGAUGCAGUUCCAAGGGGUGCCGUUCGGACGGAACGCAGGCAGCCAACUUGGAGAACGGCUCCGAAGCGGGUGAGGUGCAGGCCRUGCUCUCUGAAGGGGCUUCAGCUGCAGCCAGUGAAGCUGGGAUAUGUCAGAAGCACGUCCUUCAUCUCCUGCCAGGGAUGAGCAGCGAUAGUGACAUUGAAUGUGACACAGAAAACGAAGAGCAGGAGGACACCACCUCCACCGUGGAGGGGUUUAACCAUGCCUUCUCCGUGCAGUCCUCAAGUGAAGCCUUAGAGCGGUGCUCAGUAUUUCCAGAGGGUGAUCAAGUAGGCUCUGAAGAUCUCAGCUUUGUUACUGGAGAAGACAGCACCAGAUAGAGAAGCGACUCGGUGCCUGAAGACGGGCCAGCUUGCCCUCCUGGGGAGAGGCACAUUGUUCACUGGAGCUUAGACCAAGGCUGCUGCUGUUGGUUGUGUGCGCACUCCAUGCUGUCAAGGACCAUUGUGUAGUACUGCUGCCGUCGUCUUUAACCUGUCCCUGGGGAAAAGUGACCAUUGAGCGCCUCACACUGAAGGCUGCCUUCCUGCUGACUCUGAAACAUGUCCGCAAGGUGCUGCCGCCCUCUUCGCGGUGUCUGUCCUGUCCCCUCUUGGGCGGAACGGAAGGUGUGAAUGUCCUCGCUGUAGCGCUCUGAGCCGGACCCCACCGCUGCGCCGCUUUGAGUCGGGGUAAGCGGUCGGUGCGAAAGCUGUUUCCCUCAGUCUGUAACGUGGACCAACUGAACACAUUGCCAAACUUUUUGCCACUGUGCAUUGCAUCUUGAGCUGCUAAACUACUCGUUGAAGCUAUGAUGAAAGCUGAAUAGCUGGUUACUGAAAAAGCAUGAAUAACUAAUUGAUAGUUGUCCYUGUCUCAGCUGGCUGUACUUAAGUUGGUUCUUUUUCUUUUUUUUAUGAAUGUUCCACAGUGUAAGUGCUGUACAACUCAUAGUUUAAAACUGUUUGCACUUUGUUAAUAAAAUGAAUGGUGAAAACA